CCGGAAGUUGUACUUGCGACCCUGCUUUCCUUCUCCCACAAUCCCUCCCGCUCUCCUUUUCUAACCCCGGCCGGGCGAGAUGGCUCCUGCAAAGAAGGGCGGCGAGAAGAAGAAGGGCCGGUCCGCCAUCAACGAGGUGGUGACCAGAGAAUACACCAUCAACAUUCACAAGCGCAUCCACGGAGUGGGUUUCAAGAAGCGUGCCCCUCGGGCACUCAAAGAAAUACGGAAAUUUGCCAUGAAGGAGAUGGGAACUCCAGACGUACGCAUUGACACCAGGCUCAACAAAGCUGUCUGGGCCAAAGGAAUAAGGAAUGUCCCAUACCGUAUCCGUGUGCGGUUGUCCAGAAAACGGAAUGAAGACGAAGAUUCACCAAACAAGCUCUAUACGUUGGUUACCUAUGUACCUGUCACCACUUUCAAAAGUAAGUUCUGUUUCAUCCCACAGAGCUGUGACGGCUGUCUUCUUUUGCAGACCUACAGACAGUUAACGUGGAUGAGAACUAACGGCUGAUUGAUUGUCCAAUAAAGUUAUAGAGCUGCCUCCGCAUCUUGAUUUUCCUUUUCUAGUUGCAGGUAAAAUAAAUAAAUAGGCUUGUCUAUUUUAAAGCAGUUCCCAGUUA